AUGGAGGAUGUACUUAGAGCCCUGAAGCAAGAAUAUCCCGAAAUCACAACAGCCUACUUUCGACAGGACAACGCAGGUUGUUAUCACUCGGCGACAACAAUCCUGCCCCAACACAAAGGAGCAGCAGAUCGUUUAGCAGCAACAUGUAAAAACCAUAUUCGUGCUUAUAUAAAUGAAGGCAAUGAUGUACUUACGGCAGAACAACUCAAGGAGGCCAUUCUCUCACAUGGAGGUAUACAUGGCGUGUGCAUAAAACACACGUGAGUGUACCGAGAAAAUUCCAGGCAUCAGUAAGAUGAACAACUACAAAUUCAUGUCAACCGAUAAAAUCAAAGUCUGGCGUGCCUAUAAAGUGGGUAAAGGAAAGAUCAUCAAAACUGCAAAACCGUCAUUCGGUCAGUUAACUAAUUCAUCAAUUAAUUGAUUAAUUAUUUCAUUCAUUCAUUCGUGCGUUCAAUCAUCGAUUCAUUCAUUCAUUUUGUUUUAGAUUCUAAUUACAACUGGUUGGAGUCAAACUUUUCAUCUGGUGGAUUCAAAACCAUUUCUCAAGAACAAGGCAAGACCCAGCAUGAAAAAGAUCAUACUGCAGAGAAACGCACUGACGGGAGUAGCCAGAAUAAUAUUCAAGCGGUCUACCCUUGUCCUCAUGAUGGAUGUGUACGUAUGUUUCAGAGACUUGGUAAUCUGGAAAACCACCUAUUGACUGAUAAAUGUACGCAGACUCUGGAGAAACACACACUUUUAGAUCUGGCAAAAAUGGGCUACAAAAGUUCGUUGGAGGAUGGUGCUGGUGUAAUACCAACUUUACAAGCAAGUAAAGCAGGCCACGAAGGUAGGAAUGCUAGCCCCCUUGCUGAGGGCUGGGCUCUUCGAGCAUUGAAGAAGACAUACCGUUUCAGCAAGAAGCAAAAGGAUUACCUUCUGGCCAAAUUCGAAAUAGGUGAGUCAACUGGUAGAAAGGUCGAUGCUAAUACUGUAGCCCAAGAUAUGAGACGUGUUCGCGAUUCUGAUUACGAAAGACUUUUUCAAGCGUCAGAGUUUUUAAGUUCCCAACAGAUUACCUCUUAUUUUUCCCGACUCGCAGCGAAGCGUCGAAAAGCGGCAUCGACUGAAUCCGACUUAAUGGCUAUUGAAGAAGAAAUUGGCUUCACGAGGGCAAGAAACAGUGCAAUGGAAUCUAUCGGCCUUGAGCACCCCAUUGUCUAUGGCCAAUACAAUGUUUGUGCCAUGAUAGAAAAGAACACUUUAAAAAACCUGAAACUUGGAAUGUUACGAGUCAUGAGCGAGAAACUUUGUCUUCAAGUUCCAAAAAAAGCAGCAAGAGCGAAAGCGCCAUAUUUGAAACUACUGAACGACGCAUUCAAAAGCUGCAGCUGUCAGCCGUAA